CAUUGCAAUAACCACCAGUGUAAGACUGGCAUGAAACCCUUAUUAAUACUCUAGAAAACCAAAUCAACCUGAAUACCUCUCCUUAAACAUAUACUCCCUGACAUGAACAAGUACCGAAUCGGUCAGUAACCAAGCCGUAUUACUGGAGAGUAUAUGAACCUGUUCGAGAUCUAACUUUGACAAAUUUAUUGCGGCAGGUCUGGGGGCUUGGCGGGGGCUACAUCAUACACGCACUGGGCAACAAUAGAACACAAACCACCAAGUUGGGAGACCGAAGCUUCUAUCCAGUUUACCAUCCCUCAACUCUCACCUCCGUCUCAUAGACCCCCUGUUGAUGGUCAACCGAAGAAAUGUCCGAAAACCAAAGAGACGAGGGAGCCGCUGGCUCUGCCCCCCCUCCUCCUCCUCCGCCCGAAGAUCCAAGCUCUAAAGUCUCCCCGUUCAUCAUGAAACUGAGGUCUGCUUCGCCUGACUAUUUCUUCCAGCCCGAAAGGCCACCGCCUUGGACAGAUCCGUUUGCUGCGCCGACCGGCCCUUAUUUCUUCUACGGCACCCUGUCCAAUCCCUCUAUGCUCCGUGAUGUCCUUGGCUUAGAAACCGAGCCCCAACUUCGAUCCGCCGCCAUUACAGGCUACGAGUGCAAGCUAUGGGGCCAGUAUCCAGCGCUCCUCGAUGCCCCUGAAAAAGUUGUUCGUGGCGCUGUCUAUCAUGUCCAGGCGGAGGAGCAUGGGGAGAGGCUUGCCAGCUAUGAGACGGACAACUAUCGGGCCGAUCCGUGCCGCAUCAACUAUACCGACGGGAAUAAGCCUGUGGAUGACUUUGGUUAUGUGUUCAAAUUUGUCGGCAAUGUUAGAGACUUGAAUGACGGCAACUUUGAUCUGGGGACUUGGUUAAGGAGGUCGAAGAGGGUAGAAGAGGACGCAUCAGGUGUUAAGUAGGUUGCAGGCAAGAAAGUCAUGUACCUUGACUCCUACAACCAUAAAGCAUCACGUUAUAAUGAGGCAGCAUAUACAGUUGUUCCUGAAAUCGAAGUAUA